AUGUACUCCACUUUCUCCGCCAACUUCGACACCACGAUCGACGCCUCCCGUGAGAAAUCAGCUACGCCUAUCACAGCUCCACGACCAAAGCGCAAUCAGGUUGCUCGGGCCUGUGACUGGUGUCGGCUCAAUCGUGUCAGAUGCGAUGACAAGCAGCCAUGUCACAACUGCCUGAAUCGAGGAGGUUCUUGCAGCAACACAAAGCCACAGGAGGCCACCUCGCUCCCAGCUGCAAAUCGAGAGUUGCAACGGCUACGAACUGAGGUCAAGGACCUUCAAGAUCAAAUCGCGAAACUCAAAGAUGGAGCGGAAAUCCAAGCACAGACGGGUUUCGCGACGCCCCCACUAUCGGAUGCUGCCCACACUUCGUUCGACUUUGCGGAGCUCAGCAAUACCACAGAAGGAUGGCAAGGUCUGCAGCAGACGGGACAGAUUCACUACGGGCCCUUGUCAUCCUCAUAUUUUGUCUCUCGAAUCACUCGCUAUCUCUCACAAGCCCUAAACCAGCCAUUGGAAGAUGCGAAGCUAGAGGCAUGCAUGGCCCGUUUCAAUUAUGUUGCCCCGACCCAUCAACCGUCUCGAUGGGAUGCAAGCCCCAACAGUCAGGCGGAUCAGCCUCCAGAUGGAAACGAGGAGGCCGAGGAUCUGACCCGGUCACAAGAGGAACACUUUCUCAAUCUGCUCUGGCAGUCUUUUCAUUGUGUCUAUCCUAUCCUCGAUGAACGCGAGUUUCAGCAACAUUAUGACUCACUAUGGUCUAAUUCCACAGAUGGAAUGUCUACCCGGAAGCCAUCCGCCUUGGUCGAUGUGCUAUUAGCGGUCUGUAUGCAGUACAGCAGCACAUUCUUUAUCAGUGGAGACAACCAGCAGUCAGAUUCGGAGUCUGGAUGGCAGACCAAAAACGCGAAUCUAGCCAGUCGGACUUACUACCAAAGGGCCCAGAAGCUUCUGCAGAGUGAGCUCGAAAAUCCAACCAUCAUGGUCGUGCAGAGUCACAUUUAUUCGAUUGUCUACUUGUACAACACCUCCCUGCUGAAUACGGCACACAUUAACCUGGGUGCCACGCUACGAAUCGCCCAUGCGCUGCGGCUGCAUAUCCGCCCGCUGGACGGGACCUCCCCCGAGCAGCAGGAGCUACAGCGCCGGAUUUGGUGGACACUCUAUCGGAUCGACAGCCAGCUCUCGAUGGCCCUGGGUCGGCCUCCACUCAUUCAGUUGUCCCAUGUCAGCUGCGGGCUACCGGGGGAUGAUCGAGAGCAUGCCCGGCUAUCUGGCACAGUCCUCCUCACGAAUAAUGAGGAUAUCAGCUGGCUCAGCUUCCAUGUCCAGUGCACAAAGCUCAUAUAUCUUGUUCAGGGUGUGCAGACAGCGUUACACCGGAAAUGUUCCCAGUUGCUGAGCGGGAAUAAGGUUAAGGAUCUAUAUGACGACCCGCGCCUCCUCGAGAGCUUGGCAGAGUUUCUCGGAGGGGAGAUGACAGCCAUUCAUAACUGGGUUCAAAACGUGCCGCAGUCCCUAUGUAAUGCUCGCAAGGGGGCGGGGGACCCAUUCUCCACCAAUCGGGACGCGUUGAAUCUGUCUCCGUAUAGCCCACUUUGGCUGCAAUGCCAACGCCUCCUGCUGGAGCUCCACUAUCACCAUCUUGUGAUCUCGACACUGCGUCCCUUCAUGCGAUACCCUCCCGUGAGCUCCUCCGUGACCCCACGGACCGACGGUUACAAUAUCUCCUGUCUGAACCACGCUAUGGCAAUUACCAGUAUCCUCAACCAAGUGCUAUCCGAGACAGAUCUCCUGCGCGGGUGGUCGCCCAUCUUCCAGUACCAGUGGGAUGCUAUCCUGUGUACCCUGGGAUUUGUGCUCGCCAAUCCCGUCUGUCCCCCAACCCCUUCUGCCCGCAAGUCAUUGCAGACGGCGAUUCGCACGCUGGACCUCGUGAGUGAUCACUUUUUGGCAGCCAAAAACGCGGCGCAGGUCGUCCGCCAAGUCAGUUGCCAGGCGGAUCGACUCAUCAAUAAUGUCCAACAAGGUCUAACUCGGCGACAAGUACCGCGUACGAGCCAGCCCUUGUCCACCAGGGCGCAGAAUCCCAGGCCGCCGUCGAAUCAGAACUCGUUCGUCGCACCCGGGCAACCGGGGGUCCGGUCCAACUCUCUAAAGCGGGCGCUGCCACCGACUACCCUGGAAAUGUCGUCCUACCAGCCAAUGCCCAACUUUGAAGCGCGCAUGCACCUAACGGAGAUGAUGCCGAUUGGUUCAUUACCCGAGCUAUCUCCUUCUUUGGGGACGACGGAGUCUCUCUCGAUGCCCUCGGCCACCUCUGCUGACAUGGUCACCGGUACUGAAGCCCAGUGGCUGCAUGCGAGUGCGAUGAUCAUGGAUUCCUGGACUACCAAUACAUGA